AUGCCAGGAAUGUAUGUCGAGUCCAUGGACUAUGAUUCCAGCCUCGACAAGACUUUGUCACGGCUGAUUACGGCCUUCCAUGUCCUUCACCAGCAAGGGAUUCUAGACGAGUGCGGCCAUAUCUCAGUGCGCAACCCGCAAGACCCGAGCACCUUCUUCACCAGCAACAUACCUGCGAUCCUGGUCUCGUCCAAACGACAUCUGAACGAGUGGAAUGUAUGCGACGGGUCCCCGGUGUCGCUCUCGACGAGUGGAUGCCAGCCAGUACGAGAGAUCUCAGCCGAGUCAGAGCACUACAUCCACAGCUGUAUCUACAAUCGUUAUCCGAGGGUGCAGAGCGUCGUACAUUCCCAUUGUUCCAGUGCCAUUGUCUACGGACUGUGCAACAACCCAGGAAGCAUGCUGCUGGCAAGUUCUCAGAUGGCCGGGUUUCUGGGCGACCAGACGCCCAUCUUCGAUGCGGCGGACCACUAUUCCGGGCUGCCGCCGACCUAUCCGAGGAAUUUGAACAUCAACCACAUCAAACUGGGAGACGCUUUGGCCCGAACAUUCAACAGUCACCCUGAAUUUGAUGGUGUCGAUGUCGACGGCGUUGACGGCAUCGACGAUCUCCCUCUCCAUUGCACCGUCUUUCAGCGUGGUCAUGGGUUCGUCACCUGGGCAACGAGUCUCGAGGAUGCAGUCUACCGAGCAAUUCAUGUGCGUCGGGAUGCGGAUAUUCAGACGACAGCCAUGGUUCAACGACACCACACAGACGUCCAUGUCGUCUACUUGAGCGAACGGGAGGCCUAUGAUUGUAAAGAAACCAUCAACCGGACAUCGCCCGCCACUUGGGCCGCUUGGACUGCUCAGACCGAGCGAUCGGGAUAUUACCGCAAUGAUCUUCGAAGUAGCCGAGUGGAUGGUUUCUAG